AGAAUCUCCUACAACUUUCCCUUUUCCCAUUCUUCCAGAUAAAUCCAGUAACUCCAAUGUCUUUCUACAAUCUAAAUUUAAAUUACUUCAUCAUAUUUGUCGAUACAAAAUCUAUCGACACCCCAAAAUUGAAGAUACCAGAGACAGAACAGCAUUAAAAAGGGUUAGGAGAAAACCAAUUGUUUUGAGCAGGAUUUAGCAAAAGAAAUAAGAGAAGGAUGGGAGUAGAUUAUUACAAGAUAUUACAGGUUGAUAAGAGUGCAAGCGAUGAUGAUCUUAAAAAAUCAUAUAGAAAACUUGCUAUGAAGUGGCAUCCUGAUAAGAAUCCCAAUAAUAAAAAGGAAGCUGAGGCCAAGUUUAAACAGAUUUCUGAAGCUUAUGAGGUUCUCAGUGAUCCACAGAAGAGAGCUGUAUAUGAUCAGUAUGGGGAAGAGGGAUUAAAAGGUCAAGUACCUCCACCGGGUGCUGGAGCUCCUGGUGGUGGUGCUUCUUUCUUCUCUAGCGGAGAUGGUCCUACAGUAUUUAGAUUCAAUCCAAGAAAUGCAGAUGAUAUCUUUGCAGAGUUUUUCGGGCACUCUAGCCCGUUUGGAGGUAUGGGAGGAGGUGGAAGUCCAUUUGGAGGAAUGGGAGGUGGAGCUGGUGGUGCCAGGGGAACUCAACGGUUUGCUAGCAUGUUUGGGGAUGAUAUGUUUGGUUCACAAUUCGGGGAGGGAUCAAUGAAUCAGGCUGUUCCUCGUAAGGCUCCUCCAAUAGAGAAUACACUACCUUGUAGCCUGGAGGAUCUCUAUAGAGGUACCUCCAAGAAGAUGAAGAUAUCCAGGGAAAUUGCUGAUGCCAGUGGGAAUACGCUGCCUGUGGAGGAGAUUUUGACCAUUGACAUCAAACCUGGUUGGAAGAAGGGGACAAAGAUCACAUUCCCAGAAAAGGGCAAUGAAAAGCCGAACAUCAUUCCAGCAGAUUUGGUUUUCAUCAUCGACGAGAAACCACACAGUACAUUUACUAGAGAAGGAAAUGAUCUGGUUGUCACACAAAGAAUAUCGUUGGUUGAAGCUCUGACAGGGUACACUGUACAUCUCACAACUCUUGAUGGAAGGACUUUGACGAUCCCCAUAACUAAUGUCAUUCAGCCUACUCAUGAAGAGACUGUUCCAAGGGAAGGAAUGCCAUUGCCCAAAGACCCAUCAAGGAAGGGUAACUUGAGAAUAAAGUUCAACAUCAAGUUUCCAACAAAACUGACAGCUGAGCAGAAAGCUGGGGUUAAGAGGUUGUUAGCCCCAUAAAACAGGAAACAGACAACAGAACCACAAUGGAACGAUCAUCUGAAGGAGAAUCUGCACAGGUUGGAUUCCCUGUGCUAUGAAUAAAUAUAAACUUUUGUGCAUUAGUUGUUUAAAUGGCAGUUGCAGUUGAUGAACAUACAUAAGGAUGUUUUAUAAUUGUACUUGAGAACCAAUUUGUUUGAUAGGAUUAUGAGUUAAUAAUUGUCCCAUUUGCAGCGAUCUCUUUUCUUGUGUUUGUGUGCACGCGUUAGGGAAGAUUAAGCCACACUGCCACAGUUGUCAGUGUUGUGGGUAUAAAGCUCUCCUUUCU